GAUGACGUGACUCCCCCCUCCUCCAGCUCGUGUGCAAGAGUGGUUCGCUCGUGCUCCUGCUCGUUCUCGCUCUUUCUGUUUCCACGAGCGCGCGGUGAACAGCAGCGUUUCAUUCAAUAUCAACUAAAUCACAUUAAAAAGAACAACAGCGCCACAUUUUGUUUAACUGCUUUUCUGUUUGUUAGUAAAGUUCCCUGUCACUCUCCUUUUCUCCUUUCUCAUUGAUUUAUCCUCCUCUACUUCUGUAUUUCUGGACUCAAGAAAAUGCGCAACAGAAGCACCCGGAACUCUGCUUUGGAUCAGCCCAAUUCUACUGAAGGCCAGUCGGACCGUACCACCUCCGCCGGCAGCAGGGGGCGUUUGUCCAAUGCGGCACUUGAAGGUCUGAAAUCGGAGUGCGCUGUGGUGUGGUUCGACCGUGUUGUGUACGAGCGAGCAGAGAGCAUGUACUAUACCCGACUUCAGGAGCGUCCGAAUGGCACGACUGCUCCCGCGAGCUCUACCAUUUCCUCUCGAAACAAGAAGGCCUGUUACCAUGUCGAUCAGGAGGCCUGUCACCAUGUCAAUCAGGCCGUACGGGUAAAUGAACCCGACUUUGACCAAGCCGAGAGCAAUUUUGUGGGACGCUUUCCAAAAGAUCAGAUCCUGUCGGUGACGCCAAGAUCUCUUCCACUACAGGCCACCAUCCACCCCUCCCAGACACCAUGCGAUGAGGGCUACCAAUCACAAACUCCCACUCCUCCCACACCGGCUUCAAAACCAAUCAACGGCCUUCCUUGCCUGCAGCCGCCCUUAAUUGGGGUGUGGCUACAGAAGCCACUUUUUGAUAGAGCGGAGGCGUCUUACUAUCAAAACAUGUACAGUCGUAACCAGCCACCGGCCAACAAUGAAUAUUCCAACUCGGAACGUCGAAAUGAUAUUGUGGCGAUCAAAACAAAGCCCGCUGCUAUACGCAGCCAGCAGAAUUCUGAUGAUGUCCCCGCCAAUCAAGGAUCUGCGCAGUACUUCUUCCUGCAUGCAGACAGCGAGAGGGUGUGGCUUGAUCGUGGACGCUUUGUGGAAGCGGAGACUCGUUUCUACGAAGGAGCUGCAGCAAGAUCCAUCGAAACGCCGAUUAACCAUUCUAGCAAUUUUUGGAAGAAGUAUGACUCAGUCAAUAUUCUGGAACGAAUGCACACAUUUCAUGCUUUAUUUAGUAUUAAUUUAACAAUUUGCUUAGUUUAAAAAGUAUACAGCAAUGUGAUGUCACUAUCAUACCCACUAUAAAGCAACAGUCUCAUUACAAAAGUAAAAAUCACAUUCAUUUUCUCCCAUAUGUAAAUUCAUUUUAAACGAUAAAAUUUUAAAGACCGAUUGUAAAGCAGUUCAAUGGAAAGGAGGAGGCGAGAACCGGCCUGGCAAUAUUAAUAAUAUUUUAAUGAUUAACUUAAACAAAAGACAAACACACACACAGUCUACCUGGAUGAGGGAGGGGACAAGGGGAGGGAAACAGAAAUAUGAAAAACUUCCUGUUACAGUGUAGUACCCCCAAAAAACACUAAAAUUUAAACGAGAGGGGAAAGGCCAACGUGGAGCGGCAGUGGGAGAGAGAGGAUAGAGAGAGAUGAAAAAAAAACACUUACUCACCAGUUCUCCGAUACGCCGCAGCUUGUUCCUCGGCCACUCCUUCUCCCUCUAACGGACGACAGCUGCCUCUCCGGGCGGAUCGGAGGCAGUCCUCCAGCCCCUGGCGGACGGAAUGCCCCACCACAUUCUCGGGGAACAGAAGGGGUCUCCCCCGCCCCUGGCAGCGGUUCUCCCGCUCCAGGCAGACGGCAGCGAGCCCCUCCCUACUCGCGGUCGGCGGUCUCAGGCCCCGCCGCAUUUCAGCGGCUGGUAGGGGACUCCUCCGCCCCGGCAGCGGCCCUGACCCCUCCAGGCGGUCGGUUAGGAGCCCCUUCUCCCCUCGCGGUCGGCUGCUCCGUUGGGGUGGACGGUAGUGGCGAGAAAUCUACUAUGGCGUAUCCCUCCUCCUCCCCCCCGUAUUUCGGCACCAGUGUAAAGCAGUUCAAUAGAAAGGAGGCGGCGAGAACCGGCCUGGCAAUAUAAACAAUAUUUGAAUGAUUAACAAAAUAUUGCGUCCUGGGCUUUAAGGCUGCGCAAUCUAGAUUGGUUAUCCCCCAUCCAUUGAAAACCCCCUGGUAGUCAAGGUCCCCCUGGGCACUGGUCGGUAAACUGUCCCUGAUAAUAUAUUUACAGUAUUGAAGCAUAAAAAUAUUAUCAGAAAUUUAGGAAACAUGCUAGUUCUCCGAAAACAAUGCUAGAGCCAGUAUAUGCUAACCCCCCCUUUGGAGAUAAUUGGCCCCAGGGCCUUUGCAAGUCUUAAUCCGUCCCUGUAUAUUACAUGUUGCUCCUUUAAAUUAAUAGUUUUAUAUUUUCACAUCGUUUUUAAUUCGACUGCAUCAUUACGUACACAGUCUUGUGUCUUUAUCCAAUUCUCAUAAAUUUUUGCAUCAAAUCAAAGUUUGUGAUGUUGUGAUUCACCUCGAAGCUGGUUGGUUUGGUUCAUGGCUCGCAACUCUUUUAUGAAGGAUUUUAUGUAAUCAAAAUGCAAAAACGCGAAUGGGAAAAAUCCGGAACCAAGACGGCUGAAGAAGUGGGUGGGCACUGUCGCGUGCCAUUGUAGGUAACAUUAAACUUCAAACAUUAAAAGAAUACAUCACCCAAAAAUGAUAUUUUCCUUUCUUUUGUGUGACACAAAUAUGUGCUCUUUCAUACGGCUAACUAAUACAUCUUCUGUUGUCCGCCAGCUUCAUGCCACCUUAUGUAUUUCUCAUGUCGUCCAAAGCAUUUUAUUUACAACCUUUGUUCCGUUUUUACACGUUCAUUCUUGUCUUUUCUCCAUUGUGUUGGCUUGGAAGAGUCAUUUGUCUGAUUUGAGUUGUGUAUUUCUUUUGGUUCUCUUCAUUUGCUUGGUUUUGUUUUGUUGAAUAAUUCUGCAUGGUUGCAUAAACAUGGAUUGUGGCGCUACACUACAGUCCCACACAUACUGUCAUUCUCAUUAAGGGCAAAAAGAUAGAAACAAAGUCACAUACUGGAGUCCGUACCAGUUUAUUAAAGCUUUCUAAUGCCACAUUCCUAAAGUGUUACAUAACUUUAAAGAUAUAGUUUGUUAUAUGCAUUCUAGCACACAGAGACCACAGUGUUAUCUUGAUUGUUUUGUUGGUUUUUACAGGUUUUGCAUGUGUUUCUG